AUGAGCGCAGCUUUGCUCCGGCGUCGUCCGGACACGUCUUCGCUGCGGAGAAUCGGCCUUCUCUCUCGUCGUUACAAUUCCUCAAAGCGCUCGGCACCAAUUGGCUUGGUAACAGUCCGAGCCCGAUCAUCUUUUCUAAAGCCUACCGCUCAAUGUCUGUCGUCGCGGACGUUCUUCAACCCGCGGUAUUCGGCCCGGCAUAAGUCCACCACAACAGAGGCCGCGGAGGUCGUGCGGAGAUCCUCCAUCCGCAAUGUCUUGUUCAAGUCGUUCGCAUACUGUGGUUUCUUCAUUGUUAUGAGCGGUGCGGCAGUGGUGGCUUUCUUCAUCUACGAUGCGACCACUUACCGCGAGAACUCCAGCGCCUCGGAUGUCCCGGUCUCGGAAUUGGCCCUGAAUCCCCGACGGGGCGGCCCUAAGAAUCUGCCCAUUGCCGAGGUCUUAAUCAGUGACAAUGACUCGGACGACCGCUUGGCAAACCAAGACAAGCCUAGGUUGGUGGUGUUGGGAACGGGCUGGGGAAGCAUUGCGCUGCUGAAGCACCUCAACCCGGGUGACUACCAUGUUACGGUCGUGUCUCCCACCAAUUAUUUCUUGUUCACACCUAUGCUACCGUCCGCAACGGUGGGUACGCUCGGUUUGAGGUCCCUCGUGGAGCCUGUCCGUCGCAUUGUGCAGCGGAUCAAUGGCCAUUUCCUGAAGGGACAGGCUGAAGAUGUGGAGUUCUCUGAGAAGUUGGUCGAGGUGUCUCAGGUUGAUGCCAGUGGCAAGGAGCAGAGGUUCUACCUUCCCUAUGAUAAACUGGUUAUCGGAGUCGGCUGCGUGACCAACCCCCAUGGUGUCAAGGGACUCGAGAACUGCCACUUCCUGAAGACGAUCGACGAUGCUCGCAAGAUCAAGAACCAAGUUCUGGAGAAUAUGGAACUGGCCUGUCUCCCGACUACUAGUGACGAAGAGCGCAGGCGUCUCUUGUCGUUCGUUGUCUGUGGUGGUGGCCCGACAGGCGUGGAGUUUGCUGCUGAACUGUUCGAUCUUUUGAACGAGGAUCUCCUCCACUCCUUCCCCAAGGUUUUGCGGAAUGAGAUCUCCGUGCACAUAAUUCAGAGCCGGAGCCAUAUCCUCAACACCUAUGAUGAGGCACUGUCCAAAUACGCCGAGGCUCGCUUCGCUCGCGAUUCCGUGGACAUCCUGACCAAUGCUCGAGUCAAGGAAGUUCGCGACGGCAAAGUCCUCUUCACCCAAACUGAAGACGGCAAGGUCGUGACCAAGGAGAUCCCUAUGGGCUUCUGUCUCUGGUCGACUGGUGUCUCCCGCGCUCCUCUUUGCAAGCGGCUCUCUGACCGACUUGAAUCCCAAAACAACAAACAUGCCCUGGAAACUGACUCGCACCUACGCUUGAUUGGGGCACCCUUGGGCGACGUCUACGCCAUUGGCGACUGCAGCACGGUGCAGAACAACAUUGCCGAGCACAUUGUCUCCUUCCUCCGUACCAUUGCGUGGGAGAAGGGCAAGGACCCGCAAAAGUUGCAUCUGACCUUCCGCGAGUGGAAGGAGGUCGCCAGCCGCGUAAAGAAGCGCUUCCCCCAGGCCUCGAACCACCUCCGCCGUCUCGACAAACUCUUUGAACAAUAUGACAAGGAUCACUCUGGAACUCUCGAAUUCGGCGAACUGUCCGAGCUCCUGCACCAGAUUGACAACAAGCUCACCUCUCUCCCGGCCACGGCGCAGCGCGCCAAUCAGCAGGGCGAGUACCUCGGCCGGAAAUUGACCAAGAUCGCGGCUGCGUUGCCGGGCAUGCAGGCCAACCAGAUCGACUACGGAGAUCUAGACGAGGCGGUAUACAAGGCCUUCAAGUACAAGCAUCUGGGCAGUUUGGCGUACAUCAGUAAUGCGGCGGUGUUUGACUUUGGAGGGCUGAACUUUAGCGGGGGCGUGUUGGCGAUGUAUCUGUGGCGGAGUGUGUACUUUGCUGAGAGUGUGAGCUUCCGGACCAGAUGUAUGCUGGCCAUGGACUGGGCGAAGAGGGCGCUCUUUGGAAGAGAUUUGAUGAGUUUCUAGUUUUUUCUGUUGACUGUUAUUGAGUUGAUUUUCGACCCGUCCACCCAUUGUUCAGGGGGGAAAGGGUCGACAUGCAGAUAGAUAUCUAUGGACGACGACCUUAAUUCUUUAGCUUCGCAGUGGAUAUUAGUUAUAUGCAAUGACUUAAUG